UUGUUCUCGCCGGACGCCUACCGGGCCGUGCGGGCCCACCAGAACCGGGCGGGGCCGGGCCUGGAGGAGGAUCCGGAGGGGGCGGAGCCUGAGGGGGCGGGGCCAGAGGGGGCGGGGCCUGAGGGGGCGGGGCCGCUGGCGCCGCAGCACCGGCACUACCUGAGCUACGAGGGCGUGGGGCUGGGAACGCCGAGCCAGCGGGAGCGCCAGUACCGGCAGGCCCGGGCGGACCGGGCCGCCGAGCGGGUUCUGGAGUACCGGCAGCAGCGGGCGCCCGUCGGCGGCAACGGCGAGGGCGAGGAGGGGGCGGAGCUAGUCCUGCGGCGGCGCGGCCGCGGCGCCCAGAUCACGCAGGCGGUGGAGCGGCUGGUGGAGGACCUGAUCCAGGAGUCCAUGGCCCGCGGGGACUUCCAGAACCUGCGCGGCGCCGGGAAGCCGCUCGCCAAGUUCCGGCGCGACCCGAACGCCGACCCGGCGACGCACAACCUGAACCGGAUCCUGAUGGACAGCGGCUACCAGCCGCCCUGGGUCAGCCAGCAGCGAGAGAUCCGCGAGGCCGUGGAACAGCUCCGGGCCCGGCUGCUGGAGAACCGGGCCCGGCUGCUGGAGAACCGGGCCCGGAUGGGCAGAACCCAGCAGGACCGGGACCGGAGCCAGAACCAGGACAAGAACCAGGACCAGAGACAGGACCAGGACCAGGACCAGGACCAGGACAAGAACCAGGACCAGGACCGGGACCAGGACCGGGACCAGGACCAGGACAAGAACCAGGACCAGGAGAAGGACCAGGACCGGGACCGGGACCGGAACCAGGACCAGGACCAGGACCAGGACCAGAACCAGAACCAGAACCAGAACCAGGACCGGGACCGCUGGGAGCAGCUCUGCGCGGCGGAGCGGGAGCAGCUGGACCGCAUCAACAAGAUGGUGGACCGCUACAACCUGGCGGCGCCGGCCCUCGGCCUGCAGAUGGGUCCCUGA